AUGGCCAUCAAUCAAUUUAACAUAGCUACUAAAUCUGUCGAGAAGAUUUACACGGCCGUAGUUGGUGGUGUAAUCAGUAUUCUCGUAUUCUACAACAUCUUUAGCCGCAUGCACACUAGGUUUUCUGGAUCACAUCGCCUGGCCACGUUCAUGUACCCAGUACCAUUCAGAACCUAUUUAGUGGGAAACGGCGCCUGCAACUUUAUCGGCGUCCAGUCUCUUUCAGAAGCAGGGUCACGGGCCGCUCGCCUAUCUUUGAUUAACCUCAUUCCCAUGUUCAUCUCUGGGGGCUAUGAGUUCGGCGCUCGUCUUCUCGGCGUGUCUCUUCAGACAUACGGAGCCUUCCAUCGAAUGGUUGGCCUUGUCGCAGUUAUUGAGGCCACCAUACAUGUUUUGAUUAUUGCACAAACAAGAUCAAUUUCAACAUCUAAUACCAUGCAAGUCUAUGGUGUCUUGGUAUGA